UUCUUGACAUCGAACAUCAGCCAGCCUCUCACCACACACGCCUUCUCCUCCUCUUUCUUUGCUCUGGUCUUUUCUCCCCUGCUCUGUCACGAAAUGUCGCAGUCUCCCAUGAUUGCCGUUCCUCUCAAGAGGACGGACGAGGUCGACUGGGUGACACCGCUCAAGAGAUACAUCGCAGUCUCGUACCAAGACGAUCCCGAAAAGUAUGCCGAAGAGACAGGAACUAUCCAUCGCUUGCGCCAGGACAUGCGUGGGGCAGGCAACGAUAUCACUGGCAGAGAUGUCCUCUACCGUUAUUUUGGUCAGCUUGAGAUCCUCGACCUGCGCUUUCCCGUCGACGAGGCUCAUAUCAAGAUUGGCUUCAUGUGGUACGACGCGUUUACGCAAAGACCGACCUCACAGUACUCUCUAGCCUUUGAAAAAGCAAGCACAAUCUUCAACAUCGCCUCAGUUCUUUCCGCAAUUGCCACGUCGCAGACCAGGACUAACGAGCCAGAGGGCGUUAAGAAGGCAUUCCAUUUCUAUCAGGCUGCAGCCGGAAUUUACACAUACAUCAACGAGAACUUCUUGCACGCACCCUCCGUCGACCUCAGUCGGGAUACUGUCAAGAUGCUUGUCACAUUGAUGCUUGCUCAAGCACAAGAGGUCUUUUGGGAAAAGACACUCGCCGAAAAGAAGAAGCCCCUCCUCAUCUCCAAACUGGCCGCUCAGGUUGCAUGGGGUUAUCAGUCUACACUUGAGGCCAUGGCUGAUGGAGUGUCCAAGCAGGUCUUUGAGAAGAAUUGGCAAACCCUUUGUCAAAUCAAGGCCAAGCUGUUCACUGCCAUUGCUCAGUACUAUCGAUCACUUGCUGCAGAGUCAGACUCAAAGUGGGGCGAAAUGGUGAGCAGAAUUCAAAUCGCAGAGACUGCCAUCAAAGACGCUGAGAAGCAGGCCAAGGCAUUCUCCUCUGGUUUUACCCAAAGCUCCCACCCGACUGUCACGCUUACACAAGAGGCGGCUAACUCCAUCCAUGACAUCACAAAGUCCCACCUCGCAGUCAUUACGGAAACGAAGGCUCAGGCUAUACGCGACAACGACAUGAUCUAUCACGAGGCGGUGCCAAGCGAGGGGUCAUUAGCAGCGUUAGAGAAGCUGAACGCGACAAAGCCGCUACCUAUCUCAGAGCUGUACUCUCAGAGCGAAAUGCAAAAGGUGAUCGGCCCUGACACGUUCCAGCGGCUGAUUCCGCUAUCCGUCCACGAAUCAUCAAGUUUAUAUUCGGAGGAAAAGGCCAAGCUCGUACGCGCAGAGGCAGAAAAAUGCGAGACGGCUAAUCAAGAGCUAGCCAGUGCACUUGAGUUCAUGAACCUUCCUGCAGGUCUCGACAAAUUUAAGAACGGGGCGAACGGAGGUCAGCAUGUCACACUUGAUACCCUCGCCUCGCCACCGUCUUCUGUCAAAGAAUACGCGGACUUUAUUCAGGUCCAGGAGAACGGCGGCGAGUCCAUUGCUGAUAUGAUUGCAAACCUGGAUCGGAUCAAGGCAGGGACGAGGGAAGCCCUCGAGAACGCCAAUUUGUCGUUAGAUGAGGAGCGUAGUCGAUGUGAGGCGAUGCGGGCGAAGUAUGCAGAUCUUUGGACGCAGCGACCUUCUGGGCCCUUAACUCAGGUCUUCAGGACAGACUCCAAAGCCUUGUCGGAGUCCAUCGAUAAGGCCUCUGCAUCGGAUCACAGCCUGUACCGGUCCUUUGACCAAAUCGCCAAUAGUGUCAUGGUACUGCGUGAAGGGCGUGAAGGUGUAGCUCUUGAGCAGCUCUUUGCCAAGAUAGUUGUUGAGGCAAGCAAGAUGAGGAAGGGAUCAGCAAAGUCGGACAACAGUCUGCUGGACGUCGAGGACAGCGGCGAAAGCGAAGCCAUCCUGCGAACUGUUGCCAAGGUGGAGGAAGUGAUUGCCAAGCUCAAAAAGCUGAAGCAGGAGCGCAUGGAUACCCUUGAAGACUUGAAAGUUAAGACCCAGCAAGAUGAUAUCUUAAACCUUUUAAUUCUGAAUAAGAAGAGCUCUGGCAUCGAGCCUCAGUUGUUUGCGCAGGAGCUGGAAAAGUUCAGGCCGCACCAAACGCGGGUGACAGCAACCAUCCAUCACCAACAGGUGCUUAUGCAGGAAUUAACCACGUACUACAAGGAGCUCAUGAAUGGCCAGGAAGCGCGGAGUCUUCAGGAAGUAUGGGACACCACAGAGAGGAAACGGCAAUCAUUGGCAGAGCAGCUGCUAAAGACCAGGCCCACUUUCAUUGCUGUCAAGGAUGGCUACAAGAACGGGAUUCGCUUUUACGAGGAUCUGAAUGUGCAAGUGCAGGAUCUCAUCAAGGCUAUCGACCAGUUCUGUCGCUCGAGAAAGGAGGAACGCGACAUGAUUGAGCGCCAGGUUUUGGCUACGCAGUCAGAGCGGGAAUCCAGAGCACUAAAAGACCAGCUAUCAAAGUUUGGUGGAGUGUCCUCGCCACCAAUUAGCUCGCUGCCUAUCGAUGCAUUGACCAACCUAAGUCUUGGAGUGCCUCGAGGACUAAGCUCUACGCCGGCUGCCCCAUCUGUGCCACAGUGGACGCCUACGGCGCCAGCCCCUACUGCGUAUGAUCCCGUUGGAUCUUCAUCGGCUGCUUUGCCCUAUGCCCCACAGCCAUCGACGGUUCCAACAGCAAAUGCCCCUCUUGGUUAUGGAGAAGGAUCGACAACAUCACCUCAGCAGGCGACUCCGCAACAGGCAAACUCAAUGCUUAUUCCUAACACCGGGCCAUUCUCUCUUCCAACAUUCCCAACACCAAUCCAGUCUCUUCAGUCAUUGCAGUGCCAGUCGAGUUAUACAUUACCUAGCUCUACUCCACAGCAGCAACAGCCAGUACAGCAAAUAGCGCGUCCAUACGGUGUUCAGCAACAGCAUUCACAACCGCAACUGAUGUCUCCUCAGCAUCAGCAUUCGCAACAGCAGCCGAUCGUUCAGGGUCAGUACCAGCCUCUCCAGCAACCAUACCAGACAUCAUCUAUUCUGAGCACGCCACAGCAACAGAAUAUUGGAUAUCAGCCCCAGGUGCAGUACCAGCAACAAGUGCCUUCCUCGACUUCGGGAUACCAACCUAUGACGCCUCAGGGCCAGUAUCAGCAGCCGAUUCAACCACAGUAUCAGCAACCUCUACAGCAACAGCCUCAACCGCAAUCUCAGAGUCCUUAUCAGUCAGCAAUGCAGCAGUUCCAGCCGCAGCAGCAGCAGCCAUUGUCACAGGUGCCCCUCCAGCAACAGCAAGCGCCAAUGUCUCAGCAACAGCAGCGACAACAGUCAUAUCAGCGGCAGCAACCGUAUCAGCAACAGCCCAUGUAUCGUCCUCAGAUACAGCAGCCUCAGUCUAGUGGUCAAUUCCAGCAGGGAUUGUAUAAUCCAUAUCCUACGGCCACACCCACCCCACCUCAUUCCCAGUUCCAGCAGUCGCUUCAACCACAGCAACAGCUUCAAACACAGCAGCAGCUUCAACCGCAGCACCAACGGAUGGCCCAGGUCCAGUAUCAACAACAACAACAACAACAACAACAACAACCAAUGCCAUCACAACAGCAGGUGCAGCAGUCGUAUCAAGGGGGAUAUCAACAGCAGCCAGCUCAGCAGCCGUCAUUGCAACAACCCUUGCAGCCGCAGCAGCCACAAUAUGCGCAGGGUGGAUACGCGCCAUUGCAGCCUACAGCAUAUCGGCAGAGCUCACUGCUCGAUUAGCUCGAUGUAUGGAACACAGAAUUAAGACAGCAUCUAUAGCAGUCGUGUAAAGAAACAUCAAAUAAAAACUACAUGUUCAAUGACUUUUGUCGAUAAUGCUCAUUGUGGACG